GCGGGGGCGGGGUUUGGGUGUCAGCAGAGAUGGCGGCGGCCGCGGCGAGUCGAGGGCUCCGGGCCAACCUGGGCCUUCGUGAGAUUCGCAUCCACUUAUGCCAGCGCUCGCCCGGCAGCCAGGGCGUCAGGGACUUCAUCGAGAAACGCUAUGUGGAGCUGAAGAAGGCGAACCCCGACCUGCCCAUCUUAAUCCGCGAGUGCUCCGAUGUGCAGCCCAAGCUCUGGGCCCGCUACGCAUUUGGCCAAGAGAAGAAUGUCUCUUUGAACAACUUCAGUGCUGAUCAGGUAACCAGAGCCCUGGAAAAUGUGCUAAGUGGCAAAGCCUGAAGCCUCCACUGAGGUUUAAGAGUGACAGCCCCACAGCCUGGGCUCUGCUGGACUGAGUACAGUGUGGAAAAAUAUGUUCUUCUGUUCUUUAUAAAGCUUGUGCUGUAAGAUGCCA